AUGGAAAACGUAGAGAAAUCGGUAGAUAAAAUGAAUGCUGAAAAAGUAACCGAACAACUACCUUUGAAGGUGGAAAAAAAGAUUAACAAACAAAAUAUGACUUUGUUACAAAAAUUAAAAAAUAUAAAAUCAAAUACAACCGUAGAACCAGUUCUGGCGCUAUUUGUUAUGCCAAGUGUCCUCGCAAUGUUGGCCACACAGAAUUUAAAUUUAGAGAAAGCGUGUAGGGUCAACUUAGAGUUCAGUGAUGCGGCUUGCACCGCUCUACGCCUUAGAAAACGCGCAAAUUAUACAUAUGAGGAGGAUGAAGUGCAGAAGCUCAUAGCUUCAGUUCAAGCAUGGAAGAGUGUGGUACAUACCGCAAUACCAACCAUACUUAUGCUCUUUAUAGGAGCAUGGAGCGACAAGACUGGCAAACGCAAGAUCUGCAUGCUGAUGCCAAUCUUAGGGGAAUUUAUGACUUGUCUACUAAAUAUGAUAAACACCUAUUUUUUCUAUGAAGUCCCAGUUGAGUGGACUGUGUUUAUGGAGGUUGUGUUUCCAUCUUUAACAGGCGGGUGGUACACAAUGUUCCUUGGUACUUUUAGUUAUUUAGGAGAUAUAACUUCUAAAGAAACAAGAACGUUCCGAAUUGGUAUAUUGAACUUGUGUAUGACAGUGGGAUUUCCCAUAGGAAUGGGACUUAGCGGUGUGCUGUUGAGAUACCUUGGUUAUUACGGAGUAUUUUGCAUAUCUGCGGCUUUACAGUUUGCUAAUUUCUGUUAUGUAUUGUUCGUAAUUGAUGAUCACACUUGGCUAGAGAACAAAGAUAAGGUUAAAAGAACGGGUUGUACCGGUUUUCUGUUAGAGUUCUUUGACUUUAGAAGUUUAAAGGAGACGGUGGAGAUUGCUUUUAAGAAAGGGCCAAACAACAGAAGGCUUCGAAUAUGUCUCAUUUUGACGGUGGUCUGUUUAUCCUUCGGUCCUAUGUGGGGUGAACUAAGUAUAAUGUAUAUAUUUACUCGGUACCAGUUUAAUUGGGACGAAGUGAAGUACAGCAUAUAUUCCACCUUCAGCCUCAUCACACAUUCCAUAGGUACAUUGUUUUCCAUAAGCGUGUUUAGCAAAAAACUAAGAGCAGAUGAUGCAGUACUCGGCAUAAUCUCUACUUCAAGCAAGAUCUGUGGAGUUUUAGUGUUAGCAUUCGCCAGGAAUGGUCGCGAAGUUUAUCUAUCACCAGUUCUCGAAAUACUAAAUGGUACUACAGCGAUUGCGUUGAGGUCGAUCGCAUCAAAAUUAGUUUCGUAUCAAGAAUUAGGCAAAGUAUAUUCUCUAUUCGGAGUAGCAGAGACGAUGAUGCCUAUUAUCUUCGCACCGCUGUACUCCAGGGUGUACAUCGCAACGUUGAAUAUUCUGCCAGGAGCUGUGUUCCUCGUGAGCGUCCUAAUAACGAUACCAGCUUUGAGCAUUUUUAUUUGGUUCUACUACCAGCACAAACAAGACGAGAAAGACAAAAGACUGAAUGUGCCCUGUACUCCGGCAUCGCCAACGGAACCGCCAGUCGUACCCGCAUAA